UAAUUUAUGUUCAAUGUUCUAAUUGAUAUAAUGUAUCAUGCGCAAUGCAAAACGAUUAUGACGGUGACAACGAGGUAGGUUUAGUUAGAUAGACAGAGGGAUUAAGAGAAGUGCUGUAGUCAGAGAGACAAAUAAACUACAAACUUUAAAUUAGUUGUUUAAUAUAAAAUUAUUCAACUCUACUGAUCAAUCACCUUACAUGGUGUCAGGUGUUAAAAUUCAUCAAGAAGAAAUGGAUACUCUAAGAAUUCCACCGACGAUGAAUUUCAAGCAUGGUAACAUAGCGAAGAACUGGAGCACGUGGUUCCAACAAUUCGAGAUUUUUAUUCUCGCUUCUGGAAAAUCAGAUGCAGAAGAAUCGGUAAAAAUUGCCACAUUCUUAAAUUUAAUUGGAGAGGAAGGAGUUCAUAUAUUUAAUACCUUCAAUGUUCAACUUGAUAAGGCGAAGUUGAAUGAUGUAAAAAAGAAAUUCGACACAUAUUGUGAACCAAAAAAAAACUUGGUAUUCGAAAGAUACAAGUUUCUGCAAUGCAAUCAGAAGGAAGAUCAAACUAUGUCACAGUAUAUUACUGAAUUAAAAUCACUGGCUGCUUCGUGUGAAUAUCAAGAACAGGAGAAUAUCAUCAGGGACAGAAUCGUUAUGGGUUUAUUGGACCAGGACUUACGAGAAAAACUUUUUCAAGUUGAGAGGCUUACUUUGGCGAAGACUGAAGACAUUUGCAGGGUCUAUGAGCAGAACAAGAAACAGGUGCAGGAGAUGAAUGACAAACCCUCAACAUCCGUCGAUGUUGUCAGAUCCCGAAGGAAUGACAAGAUAAGUUAUACUUCUAAUAAACUUUCCAAAAAAAAUUACAAGAACAAUUAUAAUUAUAAUAAAUGUGAACGCAAAAAGUGUCAUAAAUGUGAUAGUAUUCAUGACUUUGGUAAAUGCCCAGCAUUUGGGAAAUUGUGCUCUUUAUGUAAAAAGAAAAAUCAUUUUGCAUCUUGUUGUUUUAAAAAAAGAAACAAUCAUAAAAAUGUUAAUGAUUCCAUGAAAAAUGUGAAUGAUAUUGAUAUUCAAUACUUUUCAGACAGUGAUGAUGAAUUUUUCAUUGACAAUGUAGAUUUAUUAUAUAACUGUGAAAAUGCAAAACAAAUAGAUGAAUUAGAUACUGGUGCAGAAUGCAAUGUUCUUCCCGUUGAAGCCUUGGAAACUGUUGAUCCAGUGGCAAAGAUCAUGCCUCAAAAUGUAAUUUUGACAGCCUAUAAUGGAACCAAGCUUCAAGUCAAGGGGUCCACAGAGUUGGAUUGUGUGAUUCGUGGUAAGAUUCACCGUCUAAAAUUUUAUGUUGUGAAGAAUGGUGGUAAGCCAAUUUUAGGAUUGAGAUCUAUAUUGAAUUUGAAUUUAUUGAAAGUGAUUGAUAGUGUAUCUCAAGAAUCCAAUUUUCUCUCUCAGGGUGAAGUUAUUUUUACUUCUAAAGAAAUUGUAUUACAGAAAUACUCUGAAGUUUUUGGGGGAUUGGGAUGUUUUCCUGGUAAACCCUAUAGGUUCGUUUUGAAAGAUGAUUGUAAACCUUGUGUUUUCCCUGCUAGACGAAUUCCCAAGAGACUCUUACCUGAAUUUGAAAAAUGUUUAAAUAAACUAGAAGAAGAAGGUGUUAUUUGCAAACAAAUAGAACCAACUGAUUGGGUAAAUAACAUUGUUGUAACUGAAAAAAGUGAUAAAAGUUUGAGAAUUUGCCUAGACCCAACUGUUUUGAAUGAAUAUAUUAAAAGGGAACAUUUCCAGAUACCAUCACCCAAUGAAUUGUUAGCAGACCUCAACAAUAAAAAAAUUUUUUCAAUUUUAGAUCUUAAGGAUUCUUUUUAUCAGAUUAAGUUAGAUAAAUUUUCUUCAGAACUCACAACUUUUGCUACUCAUUUAGGGAGAUAUAGGUUUUUGAGAUUACCUUUCGGUAUAAACACUGCAGCUGAGGUUUUUCAGAGACAAAACACUCUUGUUUUUGGUGAUAUUCUUGGCAAUAAAAUAUACAUAGAUGACUUAAUUAUUUCAGGUAGUACAGAACAAGAGCAUGAUGUAGUUUUAAAAAAAGUUUUAGAUAGGGCUAAGAAACUUGGUAUCACUUUCAACAAAAAUAAAUUUCAGUUCAAGAAGAGGGAAAUUAAAGUUUUAGGGUUUAAAGUAUCAGAAAAGGGUAUAGAAAUUGAUUCUGACAGAAUAGAAACUAUAAUAAAGUUAGAAAAUCCAAGGAACAAAAAAGAGCUCCUUAGAUUUUUAGGUCUUGUUAAGUAUUUGGGCAAGUUUAUACCAAAUUUGUCUCAGAUAACAGCACCCUUAAGGCAACUCACUUGUAAUGAUGCUAUUUGGAAAUGGGAAAAGAUUCAUUCAGAAAGAGUGGAAUGUAUUAAGAAAUUUUUGACCUCACCUCCCUGCUUGGUGCAUUAUGAUGAUAAAAGUCCUCUUACCGUUCAGUGUGAUGCAAGUAUAGAAGGGAUGGGGGCUUGCUUAUUACAGAAAGGUCAACCAAUAGCUUUCGCUAGUAGGGCUCUUACAGACUGUGAGAAGAGAUACGCUUGUAUCGAACGUGAAAUGGGUGCUAUUUUAUUUGCAGCCGAUCAUUUCAGUUAUUACAUAUAUGGUCAUGAUAAUGUGCUAGUGCAAACAGACCAUAAACCUCUAGUUAAUAUUUUUAGGAAAGAUUUGAAUAAGUUGUCAAGCAGGUUGCAAAGAAUGCGACUUAAAUUACUCAAAUAUAAUUUUGAAGUUUCUUAUUUGCCGGGUAAAAAGAUGUUUAUUGCUGAUAUGUUGUCUAGGGCUCCUUUAAAAUAUUCUAGUCAAGUAGAAAUAGAAAAUUCCCAUAUUAUUAGUUCAAUUUCAAAGUUUAUUCCUAUGAGUAAAGAAAAAAUUUCUGAGUUGAAGAAAGAAUUUGAAAGGGAUGAGAUUCUCACAUUGAUACGAAAAUACAUUUCUACUGCAUGGCCAAAAAAUUUAAAAAAAUUACCGGAUUCAAUCAAAAAAUUUUUCCAAAUUAAACAUGAGCUAAGUAUUGAUAAUGAUUUGAUUUUUUAUGGUGAUAGAAUAAUAAUUCCUAAAAGUUUGCGAUACCAAAUUUUGCAGAAACUGCAUGAAGGUCAUUUAGGCAUAAAUAAAUGUAGGAAUAGGGCAAAUGAAAGUGUUUACUGGCCAAAUAUAAGUAGAGAUAUAGUUGAUUAUGUGAAUAAUUGUCAUAUUUGCCUGAAAUUCAAAAAUAACAACCCUCGGUUACCUAUGUUAUCUCAUGAUAUACCUGAAAGACCGUGGCAAAGAAUUGGUGCUGAUAUUUGCGAAUACAAGGGGAAAACAUUUUUGGCAAUAAUGGACUAUUAUUCAAAAUGGAUCGAGUUGAGGAGCAUGAGGUUCAAAACGGCACAAGAAGUGUCUAGAGUGUUAAUGAAGGUUUUUUCUUGUCAUGGUUUCCCUGAUUAUCUAGUAGCGGAUAAUCAACCUUUCAAUUCAGUUCAUCUAAAAGAGUUUCUUGGCGAAUAUAAUACAACUUUAAUAACAUCCAGCCCGAACUAUCCUCGAGGCAACGGAUUAGCUGAAAAAUGUGUAAACAUUUGCAAAAAUAUGUUGAAGAAAUGUCAAGCUGAGGGAGGAAAUCUGGAUUUUUAUCUUUUAAAGUAUAGAAAUACUCCAAUAUCAGGUAUUGGCUUGUCACCGGCCCAAAUACUUUUCAAUAGACGUUUGAAAGACAAUCUACCAACUGUGGAUACCUUGCUUGAACCCAAACUAAUAAAAAAACAAGAAUUGCAUAAUACUUUAAAAUUGCGUCAACAGAAUCAAAAAUUCUUCUAUGAUAAACAUACACAAAAUUUGCCAGAAGGAAAAGUUGGUAGUAAAGUGAUGUUCAAAUUGAAUGAUAAGUGGGAGAAUGGCAUUAUUUCAAAAAAUUGUGAUGAACCAAGAUCUCUUAUAAUUAAGGAUGAGUCAGGUAAAUUGUAUAGACGAAACAGGCAACAUUUAACUGUUAAAAAAGAAACACCAACCAGGGAACCUUACUUUUUAAGAAGUUCUGUUCAUGAUACAUGCAAUUGAAAUUUUGUGAACCUAUAAUGAUUGUACAUAUGUAUUUGAUAGCUUAUGUAAGAUUGUAUUAU